AUGCCGCGCACCCCUACCGCCGUCUCCGCACCGGGCAAGGUCCUCCUUGCAGGCGGCUACCUCGUCCUCGACCGCGAGUACACGGGCCUCGUCUACGGCCUGAGCGCCCGCAUCAGCGUCAUCGCCCAGGAGAUCAAGACCAGCCCUGGCAUCCAGCUGACUGAGAUUGUUGUCAACAGCCCACAGUUCCUCGAAGCGCAGUGGCGGUAUGGCUACCAUCUCGCCCCUGACGAUGGCGGCAUCAAGGUCACUCAGUUUCAGGUCGGCUCAAGCAUCAACGCCAACCCCUUCGUUGAGAUUACCCUCAGCUACGCCCUCUCGUACAUCACCACCACGGAGCACUACAAGCCCUCAAACACAUUCGAGCCGGCCCAGUUCACCAUCAUCGCCGACAACGACUACUACUCACAGUCACACUCCAUGACGGGCACGGAGAAGAACCCCACGCGCUUCGCCAAGUUCCCGACCGCGCUGAAGGACGCCCACAAGACCGGCCUCGGCUCGUCGGCCGCGCUCGUCACCGCGCUGACGGCCGCCCUACUAACGCAGUAUCUGCCAACCUCGGCCUUCGACCCCGCCACCGACGCCAGCAAGCGCAUCCUGCACAACCUCGCGCAGGCCGCCCACUGCGCCGCGCAGGGCAAGGUCGGCUCGGGCUUUGACAUCGCCGCCGCCGUCUACGGCAGCUGUCGGUACAGGCGGUUCUCGCCGUCGGUCCUGCAGGGCCUGCCCGAGGCCAGCACGCCGAAAUUCGCGCCCGCGCUGGCCGCCUGCGUCAACGAUAACGACGGGCAGUGGGACGUCGAGAUCGCCAAGGAGGGCGUGGCCGUGCCGCCCGGGCUCGCGCUGCGCAUGUGCGACGUCGACUGCGGCAGCCAGACCGUCGGCAUGGUGAAGCAGGUGCUGGCGUGGCGGCAGGCCGACCCAACCAACUCGCGCCGCAUCUGGGACGAGCUGCAGGCGCGCAACGUGGCGCUGGGCGCGCUGCUCAGCAAGAACCAAACGGGCGAGAUCGUCGAGGCGAUAAACCAAAUCCGCGAGCUGAUCCGCGCCAUGGGCAGCGAGAGCGGCGUGCCCAUCGAGCCCGAGAGCCAGACGUCGCUGCUGGACGCGCUGAUGGACGUCGAGGGCGUGCACAACGGCGUCGUGCCCGGCGCCGGCGGGUUCGACGCGCUGGCGCUGCUGGUGGACGACGACGAGGCGACGGAGAGGCGCGUAGAGGAGUUUCUGGUCGGCUGGGGCAGGGAGAAGGGCGGGGCGGUGAGGUUGCUGGAUGUUAAGGGGGAGAUGCAGGGGGUGCGGAGGGAGGAGCUGGCGCAGUAUGAAGGCUGGGUUGUAUGA